UAUAAUUUAUUCCUAUCAGUUUGCAGCCAAGUCUGUCAAGGUUAUGCUCAUGAGUAGGAUACCACCCAUGUAUGUUAUGACAAAAUAUGUCAUAUUCAUAGCCUUGCUACCAUGCAUUUCGUGUCAACUUAUUUCUGAGAUGUACUGUGGAGAGGAUACAUGUUAUGAUGUUCUUGGAGUUACUAGAGACUCGUCUAAAUCAGAAAUUUCAAGAUCAUAUCGUAAACUUGCUAGAGAAUAUCAUCCAGAUUAUGUACAAAACAAAGGUGCUUCUCCGCAAGAAAUUGAAGAAGCUAUCGAGAAAUUUCAACAAGUUGCUACUGCAUAUGAAACAUUAAAAGAUGCGCAAGCAAAAGAAGAAUAUGAUUAUUAUCUGGAUCACCCAGAGGAAUAUUAUUACAAUUACUAUAGAUAUUACAGACGAAAAGUGAAUGUUGAUGUCCGAUAUGUAAUUUUCGGAACCAUAACUGCGAUAUCGGUAUUCCAAUAUAUAAGUUGGAUGACAUCUUAUAAUACAGCCUUAAAUUAUAUGCUGCAUAAUACUAAAUAUAGAAAUAUGGCAAAAGAAGAGGCAAAAUCUAGAGGAUUAAUUUUAGAGAAAAGUGCACAGAGAAAAAAGGACAAGUUUAAAACCCAAGAGGAAAAGAAAGAAGAUGAAAAUGCAAUAUUACGUAAAGUUAUUGAAGAAAAUGCAGAUAUUAAAGGAGGUUAUCAAAAGCCAAAAAUUUCUGAUGUUUUAUGGAUUCAGAUAUUUCUUCUUCCAUAUCAUGCGAUCACAUGGACAAAAUUCUAUGCCAGGUGGUUUUAUAGGUACUCGUAUUUGAAGGAUGAAUAUACAGAAGAAGAUAAAAUUUAUAAAAUGAGAAAAAACUUGAAAUUAACUAAAAUGAGAUGGGACGUUUUGGAGGAAAAAGAAAAACAACUUUGUACUAAAAGAAAAUUAUGGAUUAAUGAAAAUGCGAAGCAAUAUAUGGCAGAAAAAGAAGAGGAAGCUAAAAUUAAAAUGGCUGAAGAUCCGAGAUGGAAGAGAUACAGAAGAUUUAUGAAUAAGGGUGGUCCAGGGAGAAUGACGUUUGAAGAUUAAUGCUGGCUUUACUUUCUGUAAUACAUUGUUACACAUAGGAAAUUUUAUCUUUCUAGGUACAAAUGGCAUUAGAUAAUAUUAAUUCAAUGCUUAAAUAUCCAAAAUACUGAGUUCUCACAAUAUACCUAUUAUUUAUGGCCAGUAAAAACAUUUUUCAAAAUUAAAUGAGAAUUUUUGACUAAGCAAUGGGCUGAACAGCAAAUAAAAUUGAAGAAAGAUACUAAACUAAAAACUACUAAAAGUUUCAAUGUAAUGAGUUCAGUAGUUUAGGCAAAAUUUUAAUAUUAGUACAACAAUUCAAAAACUUGUUCAAAGAAGAUUGUAUCAAAUAUGAAGCAAUAUUCAACUAAUUUAAAUUUGAAUGUUUACCUGUUAACUGCGAAGCUGCUACUGAAACUUUUAUCCUCCUUAACCUCAUUUUGUAAUAUUGUUGUCCAAUUUUGUGCAAAUCUUUGGAAACGUACAUUUGGUUAUUGGUGAUAUUUAAAUAAAUGAAGCAAUUUUAGCCUG